AUCUCAAAACAUCGUGAAUUCUGAAUCCAAAAAGAAAAACACAAAAAAUAACUCGCAUAUGAAAGAAUUAAGAUAGUGAAAAGAAAUCAUGUCAAAAGUUUAUUCAGCAAAAUAACCAAAGUCAUGAAACUUAUUGCUAGAAACGUUGAAAAAGGGAGCGGCUCUGUCGUUCUGAUACCCGAAGAAUCAGAAGAUAUGUGGCAUGCCUAUAAUAUUAUUGCAGUUGGUGACUUAGUUAAAGCAAGCACAAUAAGAAAGGUCCAAAAUGAAACUGCCACCGGUAGUAGUAGCAGUAGUCGUGUUCGUACAACUCUUACAAUUAAAAUAGAAACAAUAGACUACGAUACUCAAGCCUGUAUGCUUCGAUUAAAAGGAAGAAAUGUUGAAGAGAACCAAUUUGUUAAGAUGGGUGCUUAUCACACAAUAGAUUUAGAGUUAAAUCGUAAAUUUGAAAUAGCUAAACCAGAAUGGGACUCAAUAUCAUUAGGACGUGUUGAAGCGUCUUGUGAUGUAACACAAAAUGCUGAUGUCGCUGCUGUUGUUAUGCAGGAAGGAAUCGCCCACAUUUGUCUCAUCACAUCAAACAUGACUAUUGUUCGAAGUAAAAUUGACAUGGCAAUACCAAGGAAACGAAAAAAUCAACCGUCACAACAUGAAAAGGGAUUAACGAAGUUUUACGAAGCUGUGAUGCAAGGAAUUCUAAGGCAUGUGAACUUUGACAUCGUUAAAUGUAUAAUUAUUGCUUCCCCUGGUUUUGUCAAAGAUCAGUUCUACGAAUAUAUAUUCGAACAAGCUGUCAAAUCAGACAAUAAACUGUUGCUAGAAAACAAGAGCAAAUUUAUGCUGGUUCAUGCGUCAUCAGGUUUCAAACAUUCUCUCAAAGAAGUUCUACAAGAUUCGGCUGUGAUUGCUAAAGUGAUUGACACAAAAGCAGCAGGUGAGGUGAAGCGACUCGAAGCAUUUUAUACGAUGCUUCAAUGUGAACCAGCAAGAGCUUUCUACGGUAAAAAACAUGUGCAAAAAGCGGUUGAGGCGCAGGCUGUCGAGACACUUCUCAUCUCAGAUAAUCUCUUCAGGUAA